UCUUACUGUAAAGACUCACGUCAGUUGGCAGGACACUCUGGAAGUGGCCAAUCUAAGGACAAAGAAGAAAAAGUGAAAUCAGCAAUUCCACAUGUCCUGAAAUGUGACCUUGAGAAGGAAAAUAUGACGGAUCCGAUAGACUUACCACCAGCAGAUUGUAUCAUCAGUGUUGCGCUCCUAGAUGCUAUCUGCAAAGACCAAGAUGAUUACAGGAGAUAUCUCAGAAAGUUCUCUAAGUUGCUAAAACCUGGAGGACACCUCAUGUUGAUUGGGACUUUAGGUCACAUUAAUGGAGAUGUCCUGCUUGACCUCAGCGCUGGUCCUCUGGUUCAACAACUCUAUGCCGCCUGUGAGUUUUUCCAACACAUCAUAGUGCUGAAGGUCAGUGACAGAUGCAUCAUGGAGCUGAAGAGAUGGCUGAAUACACGGACAGGAGCAUUCGAUUGGGGACAUGCCACAAAACUUCAUGGAGAGAUAGAAGGAUAUAGUGACCAGUCACAGGACAAAGAAGGAAAACUGAGAUCAACAAUUCCACAUGUUGUGAAAUGUGACCUCGAGAAGGAAAAUAUGACGGAUCCGAUAGACUUACCACCAGCAGAUUGUAUCAUUAGCGCUUGGCUCCUAGAUAUUAUUUGCAAAGACCAAGAUGACUACAGGAGAUAUCUCAGGAAGUUCUCUAAGUUACUAAAACCUGGAGGACACAUGAUAUUAAUUGGGAUUUUACAUAUGACAUAUUAUACAGUUGGGAAAGACAAGUUCCAUGGUUUUCCAUAUGAUGAGGAUUUUGCCAGGAAAGCUCUAGUUGGAGAAGGAUUUGUUAUAGAUGACUGUAAGGUUAAGAAGAGAACGAAUGUGAGUGACCUUAUUGACUAUAAGGCCGUCAUGUUUAUUGCAGCUCACAAGGAGAAGUAG